UUCUUUUCCAAUUUCCAACUAUUCCCCAAACAGCAAAUCGCAACCCCUCGUCGCUUGUCGAAGAAAACCCUAAUUUUCGUCUGGUAAUCCUCAAAUACAAUGGUGGGCAGUGGGCGCCUAACAUUUUCGUAGUUCAUACUCGUCAUCACGUACCCUUUUGAACGAAAGCUUACAUGGCUCUUAGUUCCUCUACUUACUGGAGAAACGCCGGGAAGUUCGUUGACGAUUUGGGUAUUGCUUUUCGGUUUUCGGGUUUAUCGUCGGCAAAAGCCUUUUCAUCUACCGGAGAUGUCGAAACUCGUAGGGGACAAAGGCAGGAUGGAUUGACACAAGAUCCAGUGAGCGGGUUGCUACAUAGGUAUGGAUUCACCUAUGAACAGGUAGCCAAAUUUUCAAAGUCUUUUCCAGGUUCAAUCUGUGUCGAAGAACUUUCUCCAAAGCUUCGAUUUUUACGGUCUAUCCUCGAAUCGAAGAAUGAUGUCAUUAGAGUUGUGACUGUAAAUCCUGGAGUUCUUACUUCCAGUUUGAAGGACCAACUGGAGCCAAACUACAGGUUCAUCAAGUCAGUUCUUGAGGAGGAUGAUUUAGUUGCUAAAUGCAUCAAACGUUGGCCGCGUAUCUUACGCUUGGAACUUGAAGGAAAUUUGGCUGCUACAGUCGCUUUCCUGAGGUCAUACGGAUUUCCAAGCGUUUCCAUUGCCAAGUUGAUGGAGCAAGCUCCACUAAUGUUUGCCCUGUCCUCUUCUAAACUCGAGGAAUCGUUGAAGAAAACCGAGAGAUUUGGUUUUGAACCGUCCAACCCUAUGACUGUUUGUGCUUUCAGGGCGAUCAGUCAGAUCAAUGAAUCGAAUUGGGAGCAGAAACUGGAGGUUUAUAGGAAAUGGGGUUGGUCGGAUGAUGAAUUUGCCUCUGCUUUCAAGAAACAUCCUUUCAUCAUGUGUUUAUCAGAGGAGAAGAUAAACAAGGGGAUGGAUGUGUUAUUGAACAGACAUGGACUGAGCUCUUCGGAUAUCGCCAAAUUUCCGAAUAUCAUAUUCUUUAGUUAUGAGGAGAGGAUCAUCCCUAGAUGUUCGGUUGUUGCUCUUUUGCACUCGAAGGGGGUUCUUGGUGACAGACCUCUUUCCGUCUCUACUUACAUGGCGGCACUUAGGGGGAAAGACGAAGCUUUCGUGAAAAGGUUUGUGGAUAAAUAUCCAGAGCAUGUUCUUGAACUCUGGCAAAAGCUUCGGGGCAAAGCUGUUGUUUGAUUAGGUAUUUCGCGUUAUGGAAGUAAAUCAGUAAGAAAACCCUGUUCUUGAAUGUUAUCAUUUCCUUCCUUCAUAUGAGAUUAGAUCCUCAAAUCCAGGGGGCAUCCAUUGUCAACCGCAACAGAGUUUUCGGCGUGUAUUUUCUUUAUGCAGUAAUCAUUGUUUCUGUUAAAUUUCUGUGGUUAGUUUAGAGAGAUUAUAUUUUGGGGGUGAAAUGGUGUACCUGCUUUGAAGGGGAAACAGGAGAUUCACUUUCAACAAGUUUAUCGUAUACUUUGUAACAAUUCACUGUAUAUGGCUUUUCAAGCUACUAGUCCCCGACAAUGAAGGACAUUUGUGGGAUU